AUGGGUGUGGUGAUGUGCUGAGAAAGUUCUAGCCUUUCAUUAGGCUCUCCCAGCUCUGAUAUUUUCGGCAUGUUUCACACCACAGCAGAGUUACACAAACCCUUGGAUCUCUCGGUUCAGGAUAGGAUUUAGGAAUCCAGAUAAAAGUAAAUAUGAUCUUCAGAGGUGUUGUAUUGUUACUGUGCAUUGUGUGCUCUACACACUGCCUGCUCGAGCAGAGCACACAGACAAAGGUUGAAACAAAAGUAGAUGUGCUGCUGGAAUCAAACGUUGAUCACAGCGCUGCCAUUGAAGAGCUGAGGAAAAAGAUUGAUGAGAUUGUAAAGGAUCUGAAUAUCCUGAAGCAAGUCCAUGCUCUGCAAUUAGUUUGUCUGAAAGGCAUCAAGGUUCCAGGCAAGUGUUUCCUGGCUAGUUCACAAAAGAAGGACUUCUAUGCGGCGACCAAUGAUUGCAACUUACAGGGUGGCAGCCUGAGCACUCCUGUUACAGGCAAUGAGAAUUACCAGCUCUAUGUCUAUGCACAUGAGACAAUUGGAGCCAGGGAACACAUCUGGCUGGGCAUCAAUGACAUGCUGCAUGAGGGGGAGUGGGUCGAUAAAUCAGGGUCCAGGAUACGUUUCCAAAACUGGGAGACAGAGGUCACCCGUCAGCCUGUCGGAGGCCGCAGCCAGAACUGCGCCUUUAUGUCUGUCUUAGACAGCGGGAAGUGGUUCGAUGAGGACUGCCGUGCUGUGAAAGCCUUUGUUUGUGAGUUCAAUAUUGUCUGA